CGCAAGAGAUCAAAGGCAGAUCUACAAGCACUACAAUGCUUGUUCAGUUUCGUGAGUCUACUUUCAGCCCCUGGGGCAAUCGACCAAGAAGCGGCCGCAGGUCACCGUUGCCAGAUGCAUCUGAGAAAUAUUCUUGUUGCAUUGGUUCAAUCUCGACAGUAAAUCAGAUACUUUCGGAUCAAGGACUGCAGUAUCCCUCGGAGCUGCCUCCACUCGUGAGCAAGCCUUCAACUGAGACAGUGUUGUCAGCCAAUGAAGAUUUGAUGGCUCACGGGCAGAGGAGAGGCAAGAAGCCUCCUGCAAAGAAACCCCUACAGCUAAUCAAAGCACCCGUCAUAAAAGUGGUAACGACACCAGCACCGUUUAUUGCUCCUGAAUACAUCCCACCACCCAAUGAGGAAUCAAAGUUAGUAGAGCUUGCUUCAUUCCCAGGGUUCAACCCUCAUCAGCCCACCCCCCUCCCUCACGGUCUGGACCCUCUGGAGCAAAUGCAGAGGACGUCAAGAGCACAAACCAUGCUCUCAAUAAAGCGUGAAGGAUUUCGUGAGACGUGGAAGAUAUUGCUCUACAAGCCCUCUUCUCAAGCUAUAUUUCAGGACUACUUCUGGUGGUUCUUUCUGCACAAGUAUCAGAAUUCUAAGCUUUUGUCAGUUCAAAACCAACUGUUCAACAGAAUUUCAGUCAAUUAUGUCAACCUUCUUUGUGAGAAUGUGGACUUGAGGUGGAGAGACCCUUUCUUCAAAAUGUACCCGGAUGUGAUUGCUCAGUGUGUCUACAGCACAUUUGUUCAUGCCUACCCUGCCUCUUGGAAUAGCUUUGAUGAUAGUUUCAAGUCGGCACUCAUAACUAUGAUAUCACUGUGGCAAGUCGGUACUCGACCGUUGAUUACUGCAUGGAAAAAGUGGAAUAUCAAUGUCCUAGAGCCUGCUAAUCAUCUGAAGCACCUCAUGAAGGAGAAAUCAGACGAAGGAUCUUCAGGAAAAUCACCGAGAAAGAAGAUAUUCGAGUUAGACGCCCUCCUGAAAGAAUCUGAAGAAAUUAAACAAAAACGGGAACAAAAACGGGCGCCACCCAAACGCGAUGAAUCCCUCAAAAGUGAUAGUGGAAAAUCUGUUCGCAUAUCUCUUAGCAAUUUCAACGAGGAGUUGGCUGCAUCUCUAGCAAAUGAAAAGAUACACAUUUCAGCUUCAAAGGAGAGACUUGUCAAGACCCAAGCUCAAGCCACUCGUGAGAUGCUGACUAAGAGGACUAGAACUGCAGAGCAGGUCCGAGCCAAGCCACUCCCUCCUGGAAAAGUCAUAUCAAUAGAGGCCAAACAACCAGCGAAAAUCGUGUCGCAGCAGCAAUCUCCAGUUAAGAAACCAACAACAAGUGCUAAAGGAAAGAUGAGUGUGCCUAAAGCUAUGCCAAGAAAUUAUUCACUAGAAGAGUACGUGACGAGAAAUGCUCCUCCUGGGCUGAAGCAAAAGUUAGAAAGAACAGGAGUUAUAUCUUCUAAACAGCCUCAGUACAAACCUGGACCAACAAAAAGCCAAGCCACAGUAAAAUCUAUGGUUGCCCCGCCAAGAAGAAUUUCUCAGCUGAAUGGUUCUGCCUUAGCUCGAAAUGCGACUCAAUUAACAAAAAUACAAGCUCCAUUGAAGUCACUGACACAGAGAGGGAUUAAGCCACCAGCUAACCCUAACCCCCGGCCACCACCUUCUUUAAAGAAGCAAAAUGGUGAUAAAUCUGCAGAUAAAAGCGAUGGUGUGAAGAAAAAUCUGUGGAAAGACAAGGCUAUGGCAAUCUUAAAGAGAAACAAAGAAUCUGAGGCACCUGUUCCAGUUGCGCCCUCCACAUUUGAGCAUGUCCAAUUUAACGUUUUUGGUCAGAGUCCUCUUGUGAAGCAUUUCCUGCAAGAGAGGCAGUUAUCUCACGAGAAUGAGACCAAGGUCCUCACUGGGAGGACAGAGUUAGUGGAGGAGGGUGACCCUGACUCUGUGUCUUUUCAGGACGUGCUCUGUGAGGCCUUCGAAAAAGCAGUAACAACCUACGAGAAACUAGAAAAGCUUUACCAGGAGCAAAAGAGGGCGAUGGCUAAGUUUAGCAAAGCAAGGGUGAAGGCUGCAAGGAAACAUGAAGAGGAAGUAAAGACACUGCUUGGUGUGAAAAAUGAAGUGAGACAACUCAGCAAUGAACUGACAGCUCACAUCUUGAAUGAACACGGUACAAUUAAGGGAAAGGCAUCUAUUGCUGCUGCCAUUGUCAAGACUGUAAACCGACUAGCCAAACUCACUUAUUAGAAAAUUCAUUCAUUCAUUAUUGUUUUAUUACAGUACAUGCAAUGAAUAAUUAUUAUUGUCACAAUG